ACAAAACAAAACCUCUCUCUUUAGAGCGAACCCUCCACCGUCUACAUUCUCUGCUUCUCAUUCCGUUCACCAAAGGAGACCAGAAGAGAUUGAAUUUGUUGACGUUUUAUUUAGUUUGGGUUAGCUUCAAAGUUGAUUGAAGUUUCUGCAAAUUUUCUUGGGAAGGCAGAUUAUUUGGUUAUAUAUUACGGAUGUUGCCAACUGAUUCAACAAAAAAGUUAUCCUUCAAUCGGUGCAUUGGAGAUGGGGAUUUGGUUAUUGUCUAUGAGAGACAUGACUCUAUGAAAGCUGUUAAAGUUUGUCGGAGUUCUGUGCUCCAGAACCGGUUUGGCAUGUUUAAACAUUCAGAUUGGAUUGGGAAGCCAUUUGGGUCCAAGGUAUUCAGCAACAAGGGCGGAUUUGUUUAUUUGUUAGCUCCGACUCCGGAGUUAUGGACUCUGGUUUUGAGCCACAGAACACAGAUUCUAUACAUUGCGGAUAUUAGCUUUGUGAUCAUGUACUUGGAAAUUGUUCCUGGCUGUUUGGUUCUGGAGUCGGGAACUGGAAGCGGAUCUUUAACUACCUCACUUGCAAGGGCAGUAGCCCCAACAGGACAUGUCUAUACAUAUGAUUUCCAUGAGCAAAGGGCUGCCUCGGCUAGGGAGGACUUUGAAAGGACAGGAGUGAGCAGCUUUGUCACUGUAGAAGUUAGAGAUAUUCAGGGUGAGGGAUUUCCAGAUGAGUUUUCUGGGUUGGCUGAUUCUAUUUUCCUGGAUCUACCCCAACCUUGGAUGGUCAUUCCUUCAGCUGAGAAAAUGUUGAAACAAGAUGGCAUUUUGUGCUCCUUCUCACCAUGUAUUGAGCAAGUGCAGCGAUCUUGCAAAUCUCUUCAAUCAAAUUUUACUGAUAUAAGGACAUUUGAGAUACUUCUUCGGACUUAUGAAGUUCGGCAAGGGAAAGCAGAUUCUCUUACUCACAAGAGGAAAAAACAUCCAAAUGAAGGUAGCAAUGAGCAGGUGAAUCCAAGUACAGCUACUGUCAUGGCAAGGCCCUGUGGUGAAACCAGAGGUCACACUGGCUAUUUGACAUUUGCAAGACUCAAAUGUCUCUCAUGAGGAGCCUUAAUCUUCUUUCCAUGCUUUAAUAGAACAUUUUUAUCCUUACAUAUUUGCUGAGUUCUGGUGCCACUAUUAAGGAAAUCUCUUGACCAUAAGUUACCCCAAAAAAAAAAAGAAAAAACCUCUUGGCUAUAAGUUAUUACCCAGAUUUGUAUCAUGAAGGGGUUAAGUGUUGCAGUAAAUCCCUAUUUACUACUGAUCAUCAAAUACAGAAAUUAAAGCAGGAUGUUUGGAGAAGGUUUCUGGCUGAUCUUGUGGAGAACGCUGAAAGAUUCAUCAGACGGGUAGCUAAUUACUGACCUGAUAUACUUGCAUUGUUGUUCCUGUAUUUACCAGAAAUUUUUGUCUAUGUAAGUACUCUUGCUAUUUUUUGACGUUAUAGCUGAGAAAUUGUUGUGAAAAUUCAUUGUUCAAA